CCUCCUGUCCAGCUGGUUCCUUGGUUUUAGUUGUCCCUACUCUCUCUUACCUGCUGGUCCUCCAGCUGUCUUGCACUCCGCUCUCCCUGCUUCUAUCUGCCUGUCUCCUCGCCCCUCCAGGUGCGCACCCAGUACCCAGGGCCCCCGCUGUGCGCGUGCGCCUUGAACUCUUGGGCAGCAAGAUCACACAGUUGGGAGAAACUUCAGCGGCUGGGCUUGCGGUGAGCAUCGCAUCCAAGCCUCGCGACCGAUACUCGCGUGAGGCUGGGCCAGGUGACUACCCUUUUGCGCAAUGGGCUGCUCCAGCAGCGCCCUCAACAAGGCGGACAACGGCAGCAGGUUCCGCAGCGGAGUACCUUCAAAUGAGAAUUCAUCCACUGGAGAACAAAGCAAGUUCUGCGUGGCCCAACCCAUGCCGUGCACAGCAGGGAGAAAAGCUCCCUUCUACGGCAGUGCACAACGGCCUGGCCAGGUCCCGUUAGAGAGGCCCAAGGCUUCCGUGGUGCCUACAGCCAAUGGUGUUAAAUCCUGCCACCAACCAUCCCCUGAAAAUGAUGAGGCCUCUGGAAAGGAUGCCGCAGAGCCGUCAGGACCCACAAAGAAGACGGAGCCUCUAGUGCAAGGGUCAGAAUCUGAUCUACUUCAACCAGGAGGCAACGAUGAAACAUUGGGGACGGAGGAAAAGAAGAAAGAUGUAGAAACAAGGACGGAGGCCCAGUCUCUGAAAGGAAAUGCUGAGACUGAACCUCUAGGAACAGAAGCCGGGAGCCAGCCUCUGAGCACACCAGAAGAGAGGGACUCCCCCAGAGCAGUGGAGGACUCUGAGAUUCCACAAGCUGCCGGAGGGUCGAAACUUCUAGAAACGGUGCCGGAGAGCGCUCUUCCUCUGGAAACGGAACUGCCGCCUGAAGAAGCAAUGGGAAAGGACGCGCAGCCCCAGACUGUAGAAGCAAUUCCCAAGAACAGCUCUCCAGAAAUGUCGGGAGGAUAUCAGUUUGUGGAAAAUGCUGAACAAAAGGAACUUCAGGAGACCUCGAUGGACAAACAGUUUCAGCUUCUGGAAGCAAUUCCCAAAGAGAACAACUCUCCCGAAGUAGCAGAAGGGGGUCAGUCUGCAGAAAGCAGUGAGAAGCAGCAACCUCAGGAAGCACCGUGCAAAGAUGAGCAGCCCCAACUUCUGGAAAGAAUUCUCAAAGAGAGUGAAACACCGCAAGUGCCUGACGGAAGCCAGCUUGUGCAAACUCCUGUAGUGAAUGAGUCACUCUGUGAAACUCCUGAUGGGACCAGAAACACCCAGGGAUCUCAACCGGAAGCAAGCGCUGGAAGCAGGGAGGAGCUGGCAGGAGCUGCAGAGACGGCAGCAAACGUGGAUAUGGCCAGAGAAAUCCAUACCGAUAAAGAGGAGCAACACAUUGAAGGUGAGACUGGAGAAAAGAUGGAAGCAGAGAUGAAACACAAGAAAGGAAGUGAAGAAGCUGAAGUCAAAGAACAAGAAACAGGAGAAGCUGCGGACCUGGGGACGGCAGGGGACAGCGACGGCAGGGCUACUGUACACAGCUUGUUAUAGGAAAGGGCAGGAAAAUUUGAGGCUCUGGGGGCAGAUGCCAUCUUUCUGUGGUUAUAGACUGACUGUAGAAACCAGGAAAAUAAUGUUGUUUUUUAUUGUGUUUUGCCAUAAGACUGCUAAGCUAGACAGUUUUUUUAGGUACUAGGAUAAUUAUGCAUUCAAAGUGACAAUAGCUGUUACCA